AUGGCCAGCAGAACCCAGCUGGCCCAUUUCUUGGAGCUACUGAAGAAGGAGGAGCUGAAGGAGUUCCAACUCCAGUUGCCCAGUAAGGUGCUAUCUGGGGCCUCUUCUGGUUCAAUACCAGCUCAGCCAGAGAUGAGUGGCUUGGAGGUGGCCUCAUGCCUAGUGGCUCAGUACGGGGAGAAGCAGGCCUGGAACAUGGCCUUUAACAUCUGGGAGAAGAUGGGACUGAAGCUGGUGUGUGCACAGGCCCAGGCAGAGGCGGCCUUAAUGUGGGACCACCCUUCUGUCUUCUGCUCCCAAAGUGAGGUUGGCCUAGGGUCCCCCAACCAGCCUACCUCCACUGCGGUGCUGGGGAUUCUGGGCCCUGGGUCCCUGGAGAGCCCCCAGGAUUCAGAGAAAAGAAGGAUUUUGAGAUGGCCACCUGACACGUCUGGAAACAACUGGAGAGAAAUCAAGCCCUUACCCUUGUUUGAAGCUCUUUCAAGUUUCCCAGUCUACCAGUCUCCAAGUCAGGAAUCACCCAACACCCCUACAUCCACAGCAGUGCUGAGGGGCUGGGCAUCCCCACAUCGGCCCAGCCCAGAUCCCAGAAGUCAGGAGGCUCCAAAGCCCAGGUGGCUUCUAGCUGAUACACCAGAAAGUUGCUGUGCAGGAAUCAGAGAAGGAUACCAGAAGCAGAUGAGAGAGAACCCCUGUUCCACACAGUCCUGGAAAAAUGAGGAUUUGCACCAAGAAUUCACUCAGCUGUUACUUCUACACAGACCUCAUCCCAGAGGCCACAGGCCCCUGGUCAGGGGAAGCUGGCAUCAAGAUGUUUUGAGGGAUCAAGGACAUUUGAUUGAGAUCGGAGACUUAUUUGGCCCAAGUCUGGGUUCCCAAGAAGAGCCUCGUGUAGUCAUACUGCAGGGGGCCGCUGGAACUGGGAAGUCAACACUGGCCAGGCAGGUGAGGAGAGCCUGGGAGGAAGGCCACCUGUACCGGGACCGCUUCCAACAUGUCUUCUACUUCUGCUGCAGGCAGCUGGCCAAAUCCAAGGAGGUGAGUCUCGCCGAGCUAAUCAUAAAAGACUGGGUGGCCCCUCUGGCUCCCAUUGGACAGAUCCUGUCCCAGCCAGAGCAGCUGCUAUUCAUCCUCGAUGGCGUGGAUGAGCUGAGAUGUGUCUUGGAGAAGCAGAGUUCCAAGCUCUGUCUGCAUUGGAGUCAGCUGCAGCCGCUGCACGAGCUGCUGGCCAGUUUGCUGGGCAGAACCACACUUCCUGGGGCUUCCUUGCUGAUCACAACUCGGACCGCAGCUCUGCAGAAGCUCAUUCCUUCUUCAGAGCAGCCACGCUGGGUGGAAGUCCUGGGGUUCUCGGAGUCCAGCAGGAAGGAAUAUUUUUACAAAUAUUUCACAGAUGAAAGUCAAGCCAUUAGAGCCUUUAGUUUGGUUGAAUCAAACCGUGCUCUCUGGACACUGUGUCUAGUACCCUGGGUAUCCUGGCUGGUCUGCACUUGCCUGAAGCAGCAGAUGGAGCAAGGGGAAGAACUCACAUUGACCGCCCAGACCAUCACAGCCCUCUGUCUACGUUACUUUUCCCAGGCUCUCCAAGCCCAGUCCCUGGGGCCCCAGCUGAGGGGCUUCUGCUCCCUGGCUGCUGAGGGCAUCUGGCGAGGAACGACCCUUUUCAGUCCAGCGGACCUCAGGAAGCACAGAUUAGACGAGGCCAUCAUCUUCACUUUCUUGAAGGUGGGUGUUCUUCAAAAGCACCCCACCUCCCUGAGCUUUAGUUUCACUCACCUGUGUUUCCAGGAGUUCUUUGCAGCAAUGUCCUAUGCCUUGGGGGAUAAGGAGAGAGGUGAACACCCUAACCACAUCAGAGGUGUGGAAAAGUUGCUCGAAGCAUAUGGAAGGCAUGACCUACUCAAGACACUGACCAUGCGCUUCCUGUUCGGACUAUUAGGUGAACAGGGGAUGAGAGACAUGGAGAACAUCUUCCACUGCCAGCUGCCUCGGGAGAGGAAGUGGGGUCUGCUGCGGUGGGCCAAGGCAGAAGCCCAGCCCUCACAGAUCCCCCUGCUGCCACGCUCUCUGGAGCUGCUCCACUGCUUGUAUGAGACUCAGGAUGAAGAUUUUCUGACCCAGGCCAUGGCCCAUUUCCAAGGAACAAGGAUAUGUGUCCAAACAGACAUGGAGCUCUUGGUGUUCACUUUCUGCAUUAAAUUCCGCCACCGCGUGAAGAGGCUUCAACUGAAUGAGGGUGGACAGCAUGAGCCAGUGUGGCGGCCCCCAGGGAUAGUACUGUUCAAGUGGAUCCCGGUCACAGACGCCUAUUGGCAUGUUCUCUUCUCCAUUCUCAAGAUCACUGGAAGCCUGAAGGAGUUGGACCUGAGUGGAAACUCGCUGAACUGCUCGGCAGUGCAGAGUCUUUGUGAAACCCUGAGACACCCUCGCUGCCACCUGGAGACGCUGCAGUUGGCCGACUGCAGCCUCACCGCUGAGGGUUGCAAGGACCUUGCCUCUGCACUGAGCACCAGUCAGACUCUGACCAAGCUGGAGCUGAGCUUCAAUGUGCUCACAGAUGCCGGAGUUGAACACCUUUGCCAGGGGCUGAGACAGCCGAGCUGCAGGCUACAGCAACUGCAGCUGGUCAGCUGUGGCCUCACAACCAGUUGCUGCCAGGACCUGGCCUCUGUGCUCAGCGCCAGCCCCAGCCUAACAGAGCUAGACCUGCAGCAAAAUGACCUGGGCAACCUCGGCGUGAAGCUGCUCUGUGAAGGGCUCAGACAACCCACCUGUCAACUCACGCUCCUGUGGCUGGACCAGACCCCUCUGAGUGACAAGGUGAGAGAGGAACUGAGGGCAGUGGAGGAAGAGAGGCCCCUGCUGCUCAUCUCCAGCAUAUGGAAGCCAAGUGUGAUGACCCCUAAUGAGGGCCCAGAUGGAGAAGAGAUGGAUAGUAACAGGUCCUCACUCAAGCGACAGAGACAAGAAUCAGCCAGAGGAGCCAGGGAGAUGAGGCAGGAGAACCUAGAGCUGACCACUGCCCUGCUGUCAGAGGGAAGCUCCCCACAGGUAGCUCAGGUGGAAUCUUUCUGUCUGUCUUUUCCUGCCUCUCCGGGGAACCUGCAUGUGGAGUCUCUGGGAACCAAAGAUGAAUUCUGGGGCCCCAUGGGGCCUGUGGCUACUGAAGUAGUUGAUGAAGAGAGGAGCCUGCACCGAGUUCACUUCCCCAGUGCUGGUUCCUACCACUGGUCCAACACAGGCCUCUGCUUUGUAGUAAGAGAGGCAGUGACCAUCAAGAUGGAAUUCUGUGCCUGGGGCCAGUUCCUUGGCAGAACCAUUUCACGGCACAGCUGGAUGGUGGCAGGGCCACUGUUGGACAUCAAGGCUGAGCCAGGCGCCGCCGUGGCAGCUGUGUACCUCCCUCAUUUUGUGGCCCUCCAAGGGGGCCAUGUGGAUCUCUCCCUGUUCCAAGUGGCCCACUUUAAAGAAGAAGGGAUGCUCCUGGAGAAACCAGCCAGGGUGGAGCCACAUUACAUAGUCCUGGAGAACCCCAGCUUCUCCCCUGUGGGUGUUCUACUAAGAAUGAUCCAUGCUGCCCUGCGCUUCAUCCCCAUCACCUCCAUAGUGCUGCUCUACCAUCACCUCCGUCCUGAAGAAGUCACCUUCCACCUCUACCUGAUCCCCAGUGACUGCUCCAUUCAGAAGGCCAUAGAUGACGAAGAAAAGAAGUUCCAGUUUGUACGAAUACACAAGCCACCCCCACUGACUCCACUCUACAUGGGUACUCGCUACACUGUGUCUGGUUCAAGAAAGCUGGAAAUAAUCCCCAAGGAACUGGAGCUCUGCUAUCGGAGCCCUGGAGAAGCCCAGCUGUUCUCUGAGUUCUACGUUGGCCACUUGGGGUCCGGGAUCAGGCUGCAAAUGAGAGACAAGAAGGAGGGCGCUGUGGUGUGGAAGACCUUGGUGAAACCAGGAGAUCUCAGGCCUGCAGCUGCUCUGGUCCCUCCAGCCCCCAUAGGCUCACCUUCACCCCUGGAUGCCCCAGCCAUGCUGCAUUUCAUAGACCGACAUCGGGAGCAGCUUGUGGCCCGAGUGACAUCAGUGGAUCCUCUCUUGGAUAAGCUGUAUGGACAAGUGCUGAGCGAGGAGCAGUAUGAGAGAGUGAGAGCUGAGGCCACCAAGCCAGGCCAGAUGCGGAAGCUGCUCAGCUUUAGCCGGUCUUGGGACCAGGCCUGCAAAGAUCAACUGUACCAAGCCCUGAAGGAGACACAUCCUCAUCUAAUUAUGGACCUCUGGGAGAAGUGGAGUGGCCAAGGGGGGGUCCUGCCACUCAGUUGCUGA